AUGAAAAAGAGGAAAGUUUCAAUUGAGAAGACUUCUGGACAUAAAGAAUCGUUUUCACGUCCGAGCGUAGCGAGUUUACGAUCGGCUACCACAAGUCAUCAGAGACGCUCGCGAUCCGUAAAAUCGCCAUCCGUACAGAAUUUGCAUAAUUCAAAUUCGUUGGAUGAGGCCGCGAGAUCUAAAGACCGAAUGGUAUUGCCGGAUGAGAUGCAGCCUCCGAAAACCAGAUUUAAUUCUCACAACAAAUCAAAAGAAGCACGUUCGACUUCUUCGCCACGACUCAAGAGUUUUCCUGCCGAAGAGAUUAAGAAACUAGAUAAUCCACCAAUGUUCUCGCCUGAGCCAAUCGCCGCUUUAAUUGUACAACAAGAUCCUCGAGAAUCCGGGACUUUUUACACGAAUUCCUCCGCCAGAAAUAAUAAUGGAUAUGGUGACGCGAUUUCUGUUCAAUUGCCGCAUCAACAAUUAAAACCGCAAAAUACGUGUAGCACGAGUCAGCAACAGGUUGUCGCUAACCAUGAGGAGAUCUGUCAAACGAAUCCACACUCUGAAAGCACGCUGACUCGACGAAUCGCGUCCCCCGAAAGACAGGCGCACCGUCCUUUCGUACCAAAUAGUCUCCAAGGAGCAGUCGUCCACGAUCGAUCACUUCGAAGCCCACCCGCGAUAAUUACACCGUCGGUAAUUACACAAACCCCUGCGAUGCAAGUCACGAUGCCGCAAGCACAAGAAUCUUCAAGCGAUUCGCACGCGAUUGUCGAUCAAAAUCGCCAUGAAUCUUCCAAGUUUGACAGCCGGUGCCAGAAGCAACCGAUCAGUGAUCGAAAUGCAGCCAACCACAGACAAAUGUUCAUGCAAAUGCAGCAACAGAAGCAAGCAACGAUCGCUCAAAAUGCUAAUGUAUCGCUGAAUAAUCAGACGGCGAGCAAUUAUCCAAAUAUUGCUCAGUUUCAUGCGCCAUUUCAACAGAGUCUACACCAAGUCAAUCAGCAGACACAGCACAGCACGUAUGGACAACAAAUGUUGCCGCAGGCGCUCAAUCAAAUGCAACCAAUAUCCAACCAGCAACAACAUAUACACCACAAUUCAGGAAUAUACUGCAAUUAUUACAAUCAACCAUUACCUAUCACGCAAAGCUCUGGGCCAGGAAUGACUUCUCCGCAAGACAUGACAGUGAAUCAGAUGAGAUUAGUGCGGCAUAAUUUACCUAUCCAUCAACAGAAUCUCAGAUACCCUGUUAGCUUUCAACCCGCAUGGCCACAAAAUGACAGAUGGAUGCAAAUGGCGAAUGAAAAUCAGCAACAUUUGCAUCAGCAGUCACCGUCACAGUGGCAAUAUUAUUAUCAAGCGCACGAUGCCAACUUCAAUCAGCAAAAUCCUGGAGUCCAAAAUCAAUCUAAUGCAUCACAGAAUCAGGUAAGUCAAAAAUCUGGUCGGCCAACCGUGGACGCUCACGCUAAUCGAGAAGGAAAGAAGACAUUGAAGUUUACAUCCGACAUGAUUCGCGACCAGGAACUGCUGGUUUCUACCAUGAGACAACAAGGCGUACCUGAGGAGGUGAUGCGCCGUCAAUUCGACGCGUUACUGAAUGAGCAAAAAAGACAUCUGACUUACAUCGCGCAGUUUCAACAACAAAACUCAGAUAUUUCAGAGGAGAUCAAGAGAACCCGACUCGUUCGAAGAAGAGCAGAGAAGGACGAAAAACCGGAAUGGAUGGUACAUAUCACGCCACCGCGAAUAUCGUACAGCGAUAUUGAAAGAAUAAGUGCACAGCAAAGAGCUUCGAACGAACAAUACUUGAUGGACGACAAAUCAUCGGGGAAAAUGGAUAAAAUAAUAACUGACCAGCAAAAGAAUUAUCAUCAGCAAAAACCGGAGGAAAUAUGUAAUCAAGUUGCGCCUCGGCAAACGUAUGUUCAGAUGAAUCCUUAUCAGCUAUGGCAGGCGACCAAUUGGCCGUACAGAAGUGACCGUCAAACGUCAUGCGAUCAUACUGCCUGUUAUCCGUAUGAUUAUCAGGAAAAUGCAUUGAGCAAUGUAUGUCAUCCAAAUUUGAAGUACACGCAAUAUCCAUACAGCAUGCGUUAUAAUCCCUAUCUUCCGCAUUCUGAGCCACAAGAAGUUUGGCCCAAGGAAAAUAAUCCGAGUUCGUUGAAUCCGAUUGAAAAUCAAAGAACACCAAUGGACCCCGCAUACUUUUACCAGCAAAAUAGAAGGCCCAUCGAAACUUCCAGCUUACUAAAGAUGCGAGUAUACAAGGAAAUAAUCUGCCCUCAAAAGCGUAAUAACGGCCUACAAGAUCUUGAAAACGUUCAGAAGAUGCUGGAGGUAUUGAAGGAUCCGACAAAUAGAAAAGGUCUCGAGUAUCUUGCCAAUUUGGCCGAGAAAAAACCUAUCGUUAGAUUGAACGGUAUUCAAGAUUCCAACGAGAUUCCGGAAAACAAACAACCGCGAGCAUCAGAAGUCCCCUCGCAAUCUCAGAAAAGAGUCCUGGCAAACGGUUUGGAGAACAGCAGAAAUCCGAAUAAUCCGCCUUCGCGUGUCCUGCGACCUAAAAGAGCCGACGAACCCUCAAUGGCAGAGUACCCGCGACAAAGGCAGAGUGCGAGAAAUUGUUACAGCAUGCAGGCUGAAAAGGAGAGUAGUACGAUGCCGACUUUGCAAAACCAAGGUGCGCUGCCCUAUGCACGGAAUACGCAUGGGUCAAUCCCUUACGAUCGACAGAACAUACCUAUCGCCCAAGGAUGCCAUGGCAAUAACGACAUGAUCCUCCAAGAAGGUGCUCCACAUUAUCAUCAGAUACAGCAAUACUAUCUCAACGGACAGAACCUACCGGGUCAUAAUGGCGGCCAGGGCGACAUCGCGUGCAUACAACAGCCGAAUGCAUCUGGCGCGACGAGGAUCGAUCGCGCCGGUGGUGAUACCGGCGAUAAAUCAAGUGCCGAAGAAGCAACGAAACGCACAGGCGGUGUGCAAGCGAUGCAAGGAACGAAUACUUAUGGCCAAUCGGAAAUCCGUGAGACGAGGACCAUCGGAGGUAUCACGUAUCUCGCCAGAAAGCCCGAGUGCACCCCCAACAAUCUCGUCAUUUCGCCGGACAAAUUAAUCGCGAGCGAACACGUGCAAACUCCGAGAAUAUUUUAGCGAAUAUUUCAAUCUCGUCUCGCCGUUAACCUCAUUUUGCGCGACAUUUUGCGCGAUUAACUUUAAACUCUAAUUUCUCGUGUUAGAAGUUUGUAAGGUAACUGUGUCCUCAUUGAACGAAAUAUGUGUGUGAUGGUAUUCUUUAAAAUUUGUCGUUUUAU